AACCUUAAACCACAUAAACACAUUGCAUUAAACCAAAUACACAACAUAAUGUUCUUUUUAAAAAACGUCAUAUGACCCCUUUAAAAUAAAGCUAAUGUAAUUUAGGUCAAUGCAUUUUAGAGUGCCCAAACUCUCUCUUUCCCUCCCUCCCUCCCUCCCUCCCUUUCUUUCUUUCUCUCUCAUGCUCUUUUUUCUCCUCCCUCAUUUACAUCUCAGAUGAGCAUAUAAACUACUCAGUUGUACCAAAACAUUUACUAAUCAAACUGAAAAGGUAAGUUCACUCUUUCAACAACAUCUUUCAUUUUGUUUUUAUAUUCCUCAUAGCAUAUGCUUAUUAACAUGCUAAAUGUUUCUCCUUUUAAUUUCCAUAUCAGAUUAAAUAAAUGGAAAAAUCUUAAGGAUAAAGAAGAUUUGUGUUUCAGCUUGAUCAAGCUGAUCAGCCAUCAAGAUCUUUGGAAGGAAAGCAACUACAGACAACAAAUACAUUCAAAAGUCAUUCUUCCAAAGAAAACGCAAAGAAUUUCACAUCCGUGCACAAGCACAAUGAACUCUUCUGUGCAACUCUAUAAUCUACAAGAAAGAUAUGCAGAUUCUUUUGCAAAAAAUUUUACCAUCGUUUUUCUCGCGGUCAUAAUUGUCUCCAUCAAUGGAGUGUUUGUAUACAUAUUCUUUAGGAGUUCAAUUUUCUACAAUGAUCCAAGAUACAUACUAUAUAUUCACUUGGUUAUCAAUGAUAUGCUCAUGGUUUGUUUAUCUGUAACUCUUUUUGUGAUGAGUUUUGCAUGGCAAAAUGUACCGUUCCCAUUCUGUUUCACCCUGCUAAUAGUAGCUGCAACUGCUCAUAAGAACACUCCUCUGACUUUGGCCAGUAUGGCCGUUGAGCGUUACAUUGCCAUCUGCAAACCACUGCAUCACCAUCAGAUCUGCACAGUGCGCAGGACAUACAUCCUCAUCUCUCUGAUUUGGGGUGUAGGAGUCAUACCUGGAUUGAACGACUUGAUUGUCAUUGUAAUUGUUCGUCCCUUAUCUGUCUUUAAAACAGUUGCUCUCUGUAGUUCAGCAACUCUUUAUAACACACCGUACCAUGAAGAACUCAGCAAAAUUACACUUGGGCUUUAUACAUCUGUUGUGUGGUUGAUUCUUGUAUUCACAUAUUGUCAAGUGCUAGUUGCAGCAAGAAGGGCCUCCGCUGAUAAAACCUCAGCAAAAAAGGCCCAAAGCACCAUCCUGUUACAUGGAGCACAGCUUCUGCUCUGUAUGUUGUCCUACAUUACUCCUGUGUUAGACAAAAUUUUUCUUCCACUUGUGACUGAUCAGCAGAAGAGAAUCAGUUUUUUCAAUUACCUUCUAACAAACAUUGUGCCACGAUUGCUCACCCCCUUGAUUUAUGGUGUUCGGGAUAAACAUUUUUAUAAUCACCUGAAGGGAUUUUAUUCAUGUAAAUUGCCUGUUGUAAAGGUUGAACCAUCCAAACAAUGAGCAAAAAUACUUACAAAAAUUUUGCUCUAUAUUUUUAUAUUGAUUAACCCUGCAGAAAACAGACAUGUUAAAUAAUUUCUUGAUUAUUAGUUUUCUUCAUCAGUGCUUACAUAUUUUUUUUGUGCAGUCAUAACACAUUUCUGAAAAAUCUCCACUUAAUUAAUGAAUUACAACACUUGAUGCAAAUGUGGAACUUUUGCCUGUGGCAUAAAACCUGUAGCUGAACUGGAGUGUGUCAUUAGCAAUGCCAGUUUCAUAUGGAAUCGUAUGUAUAAGUACGUUUUUGGAGUUUUGCAGAAAAAGUAGGUAGAGGCGCAUUUCCAAUGAGCCUAUGUUGCCACUAAUUGUCAGGGAACACAGAUACUAAUAAAUGCAACACUUGAAAAUUAUGCCUCUAUGUACAUUUUUGUACAUUCCUACAAAUAUUUGUUGCCGUUUCCAGCUGAAAUGACCACUUGUGACAUUAAAACACAUUAUUAUUUCUUCACACAAAUUGUGAUUACAGGGGCAGAUUUGAUCAAUAAAGACUUUGAUCAAAGUGAGAUUUGUAAACGAAUACACUGACAAUUGCAUCUCAUUAACAGCUUCAUACGUAUGGAUUUUCUGAUGUAGUAAAUGUAUUUGGUAGCUCACUUGGUAAAUUGCACUUGUGACAUGUACAAGUUGCGUGAAUCAUAAAUGAUAAUAAAUAAGACUUUGUAAAAGCAAGCUAAAACGGCAUCAUUGUUUCAGCAAAUGUGUUUGUUUGCUAAUGUUAACACUAAC